CUCUCCCAUUUCAUACCAGAGUCCAAAAUGGAAGAAGAAGUCAUUAAUUGUGCUGAGUGCGGCUUUAACAGAAAACUUGCUGUUAAAGAUAUUAUCUGGGAUACACUUAAAAAGAAUUUCAAUGAAGACGAUGAUAUAAUGUGUGCUGUACCAAACACAGGACUAGAUGUUACUGAAAGAAAGGAAGACGACAAAGAAAAGACAUACAAUGAAAAGAAAGCAAAGCCCAACAUGAACAAGGAAUCCCGGUUUAAAGAGAAAGAGGACUUUAAAAACGAAAGAAAAAGUAAUACCUGGAAAAAACAGUCACACUCGGAACUGGGACAGGUGUAUCCUUAUAAGCAAGAAACGUGCAGCUUCUAACGGAGGCGACUGGUGGUAUAACUCCUGUACCAACGCUUUUCUUAACGGUCGCUGGUCCCCGGGAUUCUGCAAUGACUAAUAGUAAAAAGAUGAAAGAGACUCUUACGAUGAUCAAAUCUUAUAUCCUAUAUCCAUAGUUGUUCACACAU